UCAGGUCGUACCCGACGUUUGGCAGCGCAUCCGUCCGGGCAUGGCCACUGUUAUGAGGAGCGCGGGGAGCACAUGUCAAGGAAAAGCUUGAUAAGCGAGUGCCGCCGAAGACAAAAAUGACCUGUCAGGCGCCUGACAAGCGAAGGAAGCACCAUGGUCCAGCACAUGUCAGUCCCGAUCGGAACCAUCUCGGCGCCCGUACCCGCGUUCUGGAUUAGCCCAAGUCGGCCUUCAGCGAAAACGAGUGAUUGCAGGCAGAGUGACGACUUACCACGCGCGUCUCCAUGUCGACAGAAACGGCGCUAUGACAGCCAAGCAGGUUCACAAACUAUGCGGCUGACAGCGCGCAUGUGUAGCAGUCGCCGCUUCUUCGAGCUGGUAGCUAUCAAAUGGCCAAAGAAGGAUCCGUGAGAUUAGACUUUCGGGCAUUUCAAGCUUUGCACGCUGUUUUCGCCUUGUCGACAUAUCUUAACUGUUUUAGCAGUGGC